AUGCUACCGCCAGUUUUACAUAGAGGACCUUUAACAAUAAGUAAUCCGACAAGAGAUUCAGAAGCUGAGUUUACUAUGAUUGGUCAUCGUUUUGAAAAUGCGAAAGACUUUAAGGAUGCAUUGUGUGACUUAGCCGUCAAACGCAAUUUCAACUUUCGGUUCAUAAAGAAUGAUAAAGAUAGAGUGACUGUGACAUGUGCUGAUGAAGAUUGUCAAUGGCGUGUUCAUGCCUCAAGAGAUGGAAACCUUCCUACAUUCAGGAUUAAAACAACACAACAUGAACACAAAUGCGGUGGGGGCAUCAACGCACCAUUUCACCCGAGAGCAUCAAAGAAAUGGGUUAGUAGGAAGGUAGUGAUGAAAUUACGUGAUCGGCCUCUGUAUCGAGCAGUGGAUAUACAACGAGAUAUAUUACGUGACCACGGUGUUCGUCUGCCGUAUAAACAAGCCUGGAUGGGUAAAGAGUUAGCAAAGGGAAUUCUUCAUCGUAGUGAUAUAGCAAGCUAUGAUCUGUUGGUAUGGUAUGCAGCAAAAGUUUCUGAAACUAACCCAGGUAGCGUCGUUAUUAUUGACACUGAUGGAGAACGAUUCAAGCGUGGGUUUUUCUGUUUUCGUGCUUCUCUUGAUGGUUUCAAGCGGGGUUGUAGGCCUAUGCUUUUUCUAGAUGGAACUCACUUGUUGGGCAAAUAUGGCGGUAUCCUUCUUGGUGCAACAGCUAAAGAUGGAAAUGAAAGAUUUUUUCAUUUGGCGUUUGCUAUCGUGGAUAAUGAAACUGAUGAUAACUGGACAUGGUUUACAUCAACUUUGGGUGAUGCAAUAUACGGUGAUGACGACUACACCAACAUAAUCAUAUUCAUCUCGGAUCGGUCGAAAGGACUUGUAAAUGCCAUUGCGAAGGUUUUUCCUUCAUCCCCGCAUGCUUAUUGCUUGCGACAUCUACAUGCAAAUUUUCUUAAAUCAAAUGGGCAGCUAGGAAAGUCAUUAAAAGAUGAGUGCUGGAGUUUGAUUAUGAAGAUUGCAUAUGCGUGUACGUCUUUCGAAUAUGAUGAAGCUGUUUACGGAAUACCAUGUAAGCAUGCUUGCGCAGCGAUUAUGCAAACUGAUACAAAUAUACAUCGCUUCAUUGAACUAUACUACACUGUCGAAUCCUACAAGUUGACAUACAAAGAAUCGAUAUUCCCUGUACCAGAUCAUGACAAACCGUUGGAUGAAUCUCGCCAACUCCGUAUUCGACCACCUAUCUCAAAGAAAAGGCCUGGUCGUCCGAGGCGCAAGCGGAUUGAGUCACAAGCAUGGCAUGCAUUUGACUUUUUCGAAAGACAAUCAUUAGGCAGUGCUAAAGUGCUCGCAUUAAUCUCUGGGAUGGGUGACGUGGUUAUUGGCUGUUGA